CAUCCUCUGAGACAGGGUGGGGCUUCCCCCACACUUGUGUGCUCACACAUUAGCACCAUUGCCCCUAAUUCUCUUUCCAAUUUUUUCCUUCAUUUCUCUGUAUCUUUAACCAAAAUGAAACAACAAUUUUCUUCAUCACAAUAAUGGCGAUCAUCAAUAUCAGGCAACAUUAACAUCAUCUCGUUAUAUAUACAGGCCUGAAAUUUAAAAGGCCUUUAAAUUUGGGCUUUCAAUCAUGAGCAAUGUGCCAGCCUUAAGAGCCAAUUUAGUAUGCACUUCAUUUAAUCAGAUCAAUUCUAAAGGUUUAUAUGUUGGAGAUGAUCCUCUUGAAUACUCUGUUCCUUCUCUGUUAUUGCAACUUUCUCUCAUCUCUGUUUUCACUCGUAUUAUCCAAUCAUUUCUCAAGCCUCUUGGACAACCCCUCAUUGUUUCUCAGAUUCUUGGUGGUGUGAUACUCGGUCCAUCGGUCAUUGGAAAAAAUGGACAACUUUCAUCUAAAGUAUUUCCUAGUAAAGGCAGAUCAGUACUGGAUACGGUCUCGGUUUUCGGUUUCAUGCUUUUCAUUUUUCAGAUUGGAGUUAAGAUAGAUCUCAGUAUAGUUCUAAAAUCUAGUAGAAAAGCUUUAGCAGUAGGAAUUUUGGGCUUCUUUGUUCCUUUUGGGCUCGCCAGCUUCACGGCUUUUCUUCUUGAAAAGUUUCUGUCUUUGGAUCAAGAACUCAUCACUCUGCUUUCAAGGGUAGUAAUUCUUCAGUCUAUGACAGCUUAUCCUGGCAUUGCUUGCUUCCUGGAUGAGUUAAAGAUCCUUAACUCAGAGAUCGGACGAUUAGCUUCUUCGUCUUCAAUUAUAUGUGAUAUUUGCCAUUGGACUAUUGUAAGUCUAAAGUAUGCUCUCGAGUUAGCUAAGGCAAAGUCGGUGAGAGUAACUCUGGGGUCAAUUGUGUCUGUUGGCCUUUAUAUUCUAGUUAUCGUGUUUGGAAUUCGUCCAGCAAUUUUAUGGGCAAUUAGACAAACUCCAGAAGGGAAACCUGUGAAAAAUGUUUAUAUUUUUAUUGUCCUUGCUCUACUAUUAUGGUGUGGUUUCACUGGUGAAGUGAUCGGGCUUAGUUCUAUCGUGGCAUGUUUUCUUUUUGGAUUGGUGAUACCGGAUGGACCGCCGUUAGGCGCUGCAAUAGUUGAAAGACUCGAUUGCUUCGUGUCCGUGUUGCUUAUGCCCCCGUUUUUCACCAUUUGUGGAUUGCAAAUGAACGUUUUUUCGAUAGUGAGGUUGAAGAAUUUAGGAGUGCUGCAGUUAGUUGUGUUAGUUGCUUUUAUCGGAAAGAUCAUUGGAACGAUAUUGCCUCUUCUUCUCUGGAGAGUGCCACUACGAGACGCCUUCUCUCUCGCUUUGAUCAUGAACUCCAAAGGCAUUAUGGAACUUGCUUUCUUGAAUGACUUCAAACAGAACAAAGACAUGUCUGAAGAAAACUAUACAAUCAUGCUAAUCUCUGUGGUGGUUAUAACAGGAGUUAUAUCACCUCUUGUGAAAGUUCUAUAUGACCCUUCAAGAAGGUACAUUGCCUACAAGAGGAGGACAAUAAUGCAUAGUAGAGAAAACGAAGAAUUUCGUAUACUUGCGUGCAUACACAGCCAAGAAAACGUUCGUGCAGUCAUCAGUUUACUUCAAGUCUCUAACCCUACGAAAGAAAGUCGCAUCAGUUUAGUAGUCCUUCAUCUUACUAAGCUAACGGGUCGUGCCUCGUCUGUGCUCAUAGCACAUCAACAACGUGACAAGCCAUCGGUGAAUCCAACGCAAUCAGAAAGAAUCUUCAAUGCUUUCGAAAAAUUUGAGCAACAAAACACUGACCUCAUCACGAUACAAUGCUACAAAGGGAUCUCACCUUAUGCAACAAUGCACAAUGAUGUUUGCUCCCUUGCUUUAGAAAAGAGAACAACCCUUAUCAUUAUCCCUUUUCACAAGCAUUGGAUCUUCGAAAAAGGAGUCGAAACAUCCUAUGCAUAUAGACAUCUAAAUAAGAAUGUACUUGAGAAAGCUCCUUGUUCAGUCGGGAUACUUGUGGAUAGAGGAAACACAAAAAAAUCUCGGUAUGCAAUCACAUUACCUUCAUUAUAUCGGGUCGUGGUGCUUUUCUUUGGCGGAGCAGAUGAUCGCGAAGCUUUGUCAUAUGCCGAACAAAUGUCCGGACAUCCUAGUGUAAAAAUGACACUCAUACAUUUCACGAGAUCAGGUAAUUCAUCCGAAAAUAUUGUUGGUGGCUCGGAACGGAGUAAGGUCCUUGAUUCUCAAAUCUUGAAUGAAUUCAAUCUUCAAUUCCUUCAUUCGGAACAAGUUUCUUAUCAAGAAGCAGAGGUAAAAAGUGGUGUGGAGGUGUUAGAAGUUAUUAAAUCGUUGGGACGUUCUUAUGAUCUCGUUAUGGUUGGUAGACGUCACGUAGACUCGCCAAUUUUGUUACAAUUGACAAGGAGGAAUAAUGUGGAUGGUGAAUUAGGGUUGGUAGGAGAAGUACUUGCAGCCUCAGACUUUGAAAGUGACACUUCAGUUUUGGUGGUGCAGCAACAAACAAGACUAUGGGGACUCCACGAUCCUGAAGAGUCUACACAUUUGAGAAGGAUCGACCUAUAGUUGUAUAGACCUAUGUUGCUCAGGCUCUUCAAAAACGUCGAUGGGUGCUUGUCGGAUCCUGAAGAGUCUACAGAUUUGAGAAGGGUCAACUUAUAGUUGUAUAGACCUAUGUUGCUCGGGCUCUUCAAAAAAUUUUGACGGGUGCAUGGAUCUUGAAGAGUCUACGCAUUUGAGAAGGAUCAACUUAUAGUUGUAUAAACCUCUAUUGCUCAGACUCUU